AAUGGCAACCGAUAUGAUGAUUCUCCUAAUUGUUGCUUGUACACUUGUUUUAUCCACAAAUGCAAUUAGGAGCCUUGAUUCCAUGAAAUCUCAAUCAGAUGAACAUAUGAAGUUUAUACGCCAUCCAAUUUUACCACCAUUUUUUGGUGGCCACGGGCUUGGUAGGCCCGCAUUUGGUGUAGGGCCGGUUAUUGGAUUCGGUCCUUUUGGAGGAAUUGUGGGGGGAGCUAGUCCAAACAACGGUGCUGGAUUGGGUUUCGGAACUGGAACUGGAACUGGAACUGAAACAGGAAGUGGAACUGAAAUUGGAAGUGGAUCAGGUUUUGGGUCCAGCAAUGGAGGAGGAGGUUUUGGGUCAGGAAAUGUCGGAGGAGGUUUUGGUUUUAACGGUGAUAGUAAUGGAGGUGCUAGUCCUAUUGGUGAUGGUUCAUUUGCUAGUGGUCAAGCUAAAGCAUCACUUGGAAAUCAAAAACCUUGAACAACUCGUCAUCACGAUAUGAUAUGAUAUGAUAUGAUAUAUUACUAUUAUUUACUAGAUUUCACACAAAUAAGACUAACUUCGCAUAUUGCGCUAGUUACUAACUAAUUAGGAGAAUUACUCAUCUUUCUUUCAAAUACUUAUAUGUUAUGGUUUGAUUUUGCAUAUUU